AUGCGUCCAGGCCAUGAGUUUUUGGCUCGAUCAGCAGCCUUGCAGAUGCUGUGGGUAACCCCCGAAGCUUCAUUACCCAAUUUUGGUGGGUAAGUUUGUAGCUUCAUUGCCAGGAUUUGCCUCAGGGCCCAGAGCUCUAGCAAAGCAUGUCUGGCAAGCUUCUUAUUUCCUAAAAAAGGUAUUACAAGAUAUUCAUUUAAUCUGUUACUUUACAUCUGCAUCAUUGGACUAAUAUAAUACUCUACUCUAACUCUAUAUAAUACCUAUUUAUACAUAAACAUGUCUGUCCAUUGAUCUAUGUAUCCAUCUGUUUAAGCUGAUCCUGAGGACCAUCAAUAUCUUAACUCUGCAGAUAUCCAUUUAAAUGUUUCUAAUAUCAGCCCUCUUGGAAUCUUUACCUCGGCAGGAAUUAAAUAUAUCCUUAAUUGAAUCAAUGGUAUUAAAGCAUGAGACGUCAUCUAUGAGAUCGUAAUUAGACCACCAUGAAGUCUUGGCAACCAUUUGAAGUUACUGUAGAAUGGAAAUUGGCAUUUUAUAAAUAAUAUUAAUAAUGUAUUAUAUUAAAUACAUUUGUGUAGAUAACUGAAAAUGUGUCUUUACUUUUUACCACUCAGCAACAAAACAGAAUCAUUUGCAUAAUAAAUAAAAAAUAUCAAACCAUUUAAAGAGUUUGCAUGCAUCAGGAAAAACAAAUGUAUGCGCAUGCACCACAAAGCCUUACUCUACUUUGUCAUAAAGGUCCGACGUCACGUUGUCUUUGACACUGCCUUAUCGCACAAAGAGAACAAGAGCUGUGUUAAGAUGUCAUGUGCACCUAUGUGUUCAUAAAUAAUUCACUGUGUUUCCUUUGUGAUGUGUGUCCACAUAAGUGCCUGUUUCUGUUUCUACACAAAGCUCUGCUGAGGGAUGUCAAAAAGUAUAUACCAGCAGCUCUCUGUACUGUUUGUGCAUGGGUGUAGAAGUUGGUUUGCUAUAUCCACGUAGAUUUGGGAUGUUUGAAGAAGUCUUGGAAUAGUUGUGGACACACAUGAGUCAUGUAAUUGAGCAUGUUUAAAAGGACCGAUAACUUGAAGGGUGUAUUAAAGGAACACUGUAAGCACCGUAGCUAUUACAGUGCGCUGCAGUGGUAAGGGUGCCAAGAGUGCCCUCUACCUCUGAAAUACUUAGGAACACACUUUGAAAUUUCAUCUGGUACUUUGGAAAUCGCUGUAGUGGUUAUGGUCUCCGGAGUGCCCCGGAACACCCACAUUGUAAGUAGUCAAAUAAUUUUAGAGUGGUUUGACAACUUACCUAGGGUCCACCGCUGGGGACCUUUACCUAGGGUCCACCGCUCAGUGUACGCCAGGUAAGAAGUCAAACUAUUGUAAAAUUGCUAUGGUGUUUAGAAUCUUACUUUACAUUUUUUGCCAUUAUUUUUAAAGUACUAUAUACCGGACCACAGUCCGUUCUUGCAGGCUUCCAUCUCUGGCUAGGUUCAUGUGCUGGAAGCAGCCGUCGUGAAAUGUAUUACGUUUGUGUGUGUCCUGAUACUUGCACCAGAUACUUGUGUAUACACACCACAUAUUCAUCUGUAACUAUUGUGUGGUUUCACCAUGUUUGCUCAAAAUCGUUGCUCUGUUACAGAUGUAUUUUAAUGCAUCUUAUGUGCUCUAGCAACAGUUCUAAUUUUUGUCCAUUCCCUGAAAAAAAUAUUAAACCCUUAUAAUAGAUCUCAGUGGUUGAUGUGUGGUGCUGAAUCUUUAUACAACUGAGCAGAAUGCUUAAUUUCAGAUACUAAUGUGCUGUGUCACUAACAAGGGUGUAUCAUUUGAACCUUACAGAGGAAGGAAUCAAUCAUGAGUGCAAGCUGUGCAACCAGAUGUUUGACUCUCCAGCAAAGCUUCUCUGUCACCUGAUUGAGCACAGCUUUGAAGGCAUGGGAGGAACAUUCAAAUGCCCUGUUUGUUUUACAGGUAAGUGAAAACCCCCAAAUUACUUUUCUAAGCCACAUGGUUUAAUAGUUUUGAUGAAAACUUUGAGUAUUAUUAGGGCAGUUAGAACAUCAAACCUAGCCAAAUCAGAAAUGUGCAUGAAUUGUUGGCUGAACAUUAUGGGAAGGAAGUUAGAACUUCUAACCUAGCCAAGAACUCAGAAAUUUGCAUGAAUUGUUAGCUGAGCAUUAUGGGAAGCCUUGAUGUUAAGACAUCAAGAUUUAAAUUUAAAAUAUAUAUAUAUUUUUAGCAGAGGCACACAAUUGUCAUGAACCGCAAAUCAGUAGCUUUAUUGGGCCCUUGAGUUCCCCAAUAGGCAUGAGGAUGAGCAUUUUGUAUUGGUUAACUAAAAAACAAAGGAUUACAGUGAGGGCAAACUUAAGAGCACAUGGUUACCAAAAAGGAACUGCACACCCGAUGAUAGAUUCUUAACUUAAAUCAUGAUAGAUAUAAAACAUUCCUAUAAUUUAUAGCGGCGGCAUGUGUUUUUGUUUUUCACACCCUGCACAUGUGCAGGAUGCAAAGUAGAAGGAAUUAGGCGUGAUCAGACUAAAUGUGUUUACACUUAAUGUGCCACGUCCUUGCACUGCAUGCGUGGGAGUAUUCCCCAUGAAAAUAAUGAAACGAUUGGGAUGAAACUCAUGGUUGACUGCAGGCAGCAGUUGGCAAAUUAAAACAAAAGGACACAAAUAAAUGGAGAGUGUCUUAUGUAAAAGUUUCUUCACAUGUCUAAUGAGCAUCGCUGAGCCUUCUGGUGCAAGCAUUCCAGUAUAGUAUCAUGGAAGGGGACUGCAUGUGAUGCAAGCCACUUACAGAAUCACUCAAACUUUAACAUUUACUUUUUGCUUACUUUAGGGAAUGUUUGUUUAACAGUUUUACUCCACUGCUUGGCUCACGUGAAAUCAUAUGUAGUGACCGAAUCAAUGAGCAGCUUCAGUUAAGUGGUAUCACUUAUAGACAAUCCAUUUCUCUCCAAAUCGAUAUAAGCAAUCUAUUUAAGAUUUUCACUGGCGGUUGUGAGUGAAACUGAAACUGCACUAAAAGAGUGACUAGGGCACAAAAAACACAAUUAUACAGUAUUUUGGCCUACAGAAAUUCUCCCUUCACAGUUUGCGGUAUAUUUACAGUGGUCCAUUGUAUUGCUUGAGCAAAUCUGGACAUCAUCAUUUAUGCUCAAGUGUGGUUUAGACAAAGUUAUAUUUCAAUUUCGUUUAAAAUGUAUUAUUUUGACUGAAGAAGAUGCUUUUGUAGCUGUUUAUUGGGUCGUUAUGUGCCUUAACCCCUUAAGGACACGUGACGUGUGACAUGUCAUGAUUCCCUUUUAUUCCAUAAGUUUGGUCCUUAAGGGGUUAAAGGUUCACUGUAGGCACUGUGACUGCUUUUUCCUAAUGAAGUGCUUAUAGUGCCUGGAGUCUUCUUUUGUCAUCCAGGCACUAUAAUAAUGGGAUGAAAUGGUCAUGAUGCUUAGAGUAUAUUGGUUCACUUUCUGUAUUCACAUGAAUAAUCUGAAUUCUUUUCUCCAGUUUUUGUACAGGCAAAUAAACUACAGCAACACAUCUUUGCAGUUCAUGGGCAAGAAGAUAAAAUAUAUGACUGUUCUCAAUGCCCUCAGAAGUUCUUCUUUCAAACAGAACUUCAGGUAAGAUUUGUUUAAACUUUGUUCUACAUACAGUGCAAGAUAUUGAAAGAUGUGUGGUUUGAAAUAUAUAACAAUGGUCUCAUAUCUAAAAUAUUGUACUUUUUAUACUGUGCGUAUGUCUCUGAAGGAUUAUUUUAUAAUUAUGAGUAGGUGUUUUUUUUGUACAUCCCCAUCCAUGAUUGCCUAAGUGAGAGAGUCACAAAUUCAGUAGACAAGACUAUAUGCCGUUCCGCGGCGCAUUAAUGGUUAAUUAACCAUUUAUUUGCUUACUUUAACCCAGCCCCGGGCUCUUUCGGCACUGGCGAACUCUACUCCUCCUCUAUCGACUCCUGAGUAGAGCCGAAUGCGAAUGCACAGCCAGAGGCACGCUCGCAUUCAAACCCGCUUAUAGGAAAGCAUUAUUUAGUGCUUUCCUAUAGGGAUCUUUCUUGAUGCUGGAGGUCCGUGAGGACGUCCAGCGUCAAAUAAGUGUGAUUUACCCAGUGUAAAUCGCAGAAGCACCUCUAGUGACUGUCAGCCACUAGAGGCUGGAUUAACCCUACAGUUUCUCUGAAACUAUGUUUUCAGCUGCAGGGUUAAAACUAGGGGGACCUGGCACCCAGACCACUUCAUUGAGCUGAAGUGGUCUGGGUGCCUAUACUGGUCCUUUAACAGGGAGCUCUAGGAACUGUUAUCAUUUUGUGUCAUUGAAGUGGUUAUAGUGUCUGGAUUCCCCUGGUGCCAUUCCUCUGUUCAGUGUUGACUGUGUUUCAAUGGUUUAACACUAAAUGAGGGUCCCUGGUCACACACAGCCUGGAGGUAUGGCUGAGGUUACACUCUUCCAAAGCCACACCAUUUCAUCGAAGCAAUGAGCUGCUGUGAAAGCCUGGGAUUAGUCAGCUCGAACUCUCAGCCAAUCACUCCCAACUUUGCUGCUUGGACUAAUUGCUUCCCCAUUGGCCUGAGAAGAGCAGAGGGCCCGGGCUGCUGAGGACCCUCAUUCAGUGUCCAACCAUUCAAACCUGAUUUAACAAUGAAUGAAGGGAUGGAGUCUGGGGACUCCAUACACUAUAACCACUUCUACACGUUGAAAUAGCUAAAGUGCCUACAGCGCCCUUUAUCUAGCCAGUCAGUUGUAUACCCUUUCUCAGGGUAAAAUUCUUGGCAUGUAAGUUAUGUCAAACCUCAGCCUUCCAUCAUUAACAUGAUAUAUAAAGCUCUGUACCUUAACCCUAUACUUAAAUCUUUGCUAGCCUAAUGUUUGGAGACAAUUCUGGUAGUUACUUAUUGUCCUGCAAUAGCAUGUGGGCGAAGGUUGCCUUCCUAUGUUGUUGUAAGUCUGAGCAUCAACCAAAAUCUAUACAGAUCUCUUGAUUGGUCCCAAAGCAAAACAGUCUCUUUUCGCCUCACAUGCCACUUCUCUUGUUUGGUGUUAAUUCGUGUGAGUGAACCCUGAGUUCGGAAUUCUCACAGGAGAUUAGGCACUCUGCUCUCUCCAUUCAUCUGAAGCAGAUUUCAUUGUACAGCUUUUAUUUCCCUUCCCUAGACAUUUAGGAUUUUACAUAAAUAGAUCUUCUCACCCUUUAACUGCCACUUUGGAUGAUCUACAUGUUGCUGGCAAAGUAAAAAAAAAAAACAUUCAAAAAAACUCCACCAUUCUUAAACAUGCUAUACAAAUCCUUAGUAAGUAUGUCUGUAUUCAAGUAUGUGUAAAUAUAUAAAUCAUAUUCCUUUUACACUAUUAAUCUGCCAAUUUCACUUUAUUUUGAUAUAGAACACGUGAUUGAGAAACACAACCAUUCACUUGUGCUUGAUAGUUUUGAAAUGGAAGUUUUUGAGACCAAGGGGGUUGGGGGCCUGAAUUUUGUUAUGACAUUUUUUUUUUUUUUAUCUUUUGAAUAAGUUGAAUAGAAAUAUUCACACAGACAAUAGUAUUUGUCUAUGGCAACACAACACUAAAGCUUUAGGGACACUAUAGUCACCAGAACCACUUAGCUUAAUGUAGUGGUACUCGUGUGUAUAACACGUCAAUGCAGUUUUAGUACUGUAAACACUGCAUUUUCAGACACUCACACUAGAGGUGCUUCCUAAUCCAGUGCUGCCCAAUGUGCAGCACUGGCGCUCUGCAUUUCCACACACUGCACGGAAGAGCUGAAAAUUUCACAUAAACAUGCAGUGAUUUAAUGUAUCUCUAUGAGGAGAUGCUGGUUGGUGCAGAAUAGCAUUUUGCUGUGCAUGCACAGUAGCCUCCCAAUGCUGGGAAAGCAUUGAAUUGGUUGAGAUCAUCAAGAUCCCAGUGAUCAAGGCCCAGUGACAAUCCAUGUCUAGUAUUUAUGCAAAAAGGUCUACAUAGAAAGAUCCUUACUCGUUAAUAAGUAAAUCUAAGAAUUCUGUCACCUAUUGGGCAGAUUUGGGCAUUAUCCAAACAUAUAAAAUAUAUGAUACUCUCAGUAUGCUAAUAUACAAAUAUAUAUAUCAAAAGAAUCUUAUGAUGUUUACUGUAUGGAAACAUUUUACCUAGGUGUUUGUAAGUUGCAAAAUGCUCAGUCAUAUAGUACCCAUGUGCAUACGAGGAAUUCUAUAUGAAGAUUUUGAAACCGUGCUCAAUAUUUUUAGCAGUGCCUUUGCUGUUGGUUUACAGCCAGUGAGAUCCUGUCAUUGCUUCUAUUUUCAACUUGGUAAAUACCAUAAACCAGUGUCCUGAUUAUAGUCUUAAUGGCCAACUGUUUUACCCAAUUAGCAAUCUUAAUUACACGCUACCUAAUUUCAUAAGAGCCACGCAUAGCAAUUCUGUGCAAAUAUCAGCUUUCAGCGAGGUGGAAAUUUAAAUUUUCUGUUGUGAUUAUGUCGUUUUUAUAGCAGUAUAUUGACAGAUACAAGUGGGUUUUCUACUUAGCAAUUUAGAUACUAAAAAUUACAGCAGAUAAGGAGAAAUACUUUGACAUAAUUUAGCUUUCUUUUUUCCUAUGCACUGUUAAACCUUAGUCAUAUUAGUGCAGAAAAAUGGUAUUUCAUGGCUAGGAAAACGAUACAACAUUCUCAUUUGAGAGUUAAUCAUCCGAAUCUGGAAUAUUAAUUAAAUGUCUGGUGAAAUACUAGUUUAGAACAUACAAAUAAGCUGAACAGAAACUAUAAAAAUAGUCAUAAGCUUAUCUUUUAGCUGGGAUAGAAAAAUGCACCCAGGCAGUGUACCAAUUUCUUCAUAUUAUAUCUGGUCACCCGAAGUCUGAUCAAGGACAUAUACACACAAGACUUUUAAGUUCCUUGUAAAGGGACAUUAAAACCUCAUUACAAACGAUUACAGAAGCGCCUCUAGUGGCUUACAGUAUGACAGCCUUUAGAGGUGGACUUAACCCUGCAAUGUAAACAUUGCAGUUUCUAAGAAACUGCACUAUUUUACAAUUCAGGAUUAUAGCUAAACGACCACUGAAUACAGGCUAGUUUAUUGAAAUGAAGUGGCCCGGGUGACUUUAAUGGUCCUUUAAAGCUUAUGUCAUAUAAAAUACAUUCCUGCUGACUUUUGUUCUGCUGACUAUCAGAAGUACUAUUUCCACUUUAGGGCUUUCUUUUUAUCUUUUUUUUCACACUGAUAAGAUUUUCCUGGCUUUGACAUGCUCUGGGUUGAAGUGUUCUCUAAAUUCUAGUGGUCACACUCUUCUGGAGACAAUUUAACAAUACGAUGUUCAGAAAAAAAAAUAUUUGGAACUCUGAAUUAAAAGUUAGAUUUGCCUCAUCUACAAACAUUACAAGCAGGUCCAUUUUACAUUUCACACUUUUAUAUUUUUUAAGCUCAUUUCACAUGUAGAUGUCUAAAAGCCAUAUUAUUUACAUUCAUUAAUAUACUGUAUUUAGAAACUAACGUGUAUUCAGCUAUUGCAUGCUUCUAAUCACCUAAUGCAAAAUGUCCAUAAUGCUAAACAGACUUUUUUUUAGAAAGGAUUAUGAGCAUUUUGGGAAGCUUAUGGCAAUAAUCACUGUAAGCAUGUGUGAAUGUGUUACCGAUGCAGUUGUUUAUAAAAAGAACCUUAAUAAUGCAACGCCAUUUGAGGGUCCAUAUGACACUAGGAAUAUGAGAUAGGGUUGACAAACUGAGAAACAGUAUACAUUUGAUAUUUUACUGUUCCAUACUUGCCAAUUCUCCGACUUUAGGCCCAAAUCUAUGUCUCUUUUCUGUCCUAAUGUCCAUCUUUAGGAAGAUCAAAUCCUAUUUAAUGCCCAUAGCUUAGAUAGGAUUACCUCUUUUCUAAUGUAAUAUUGGUUUUCUAGGGCACCAUAUUCUUAGUGCAAAACACAGCUUCACAGACCGUUUUGUAUGAUCAGUACAGACAUUUUUGUUGAUUUACGUAACCAAGUGUUGGAAAUAAUUUACACUAAAGUGACAUUGUCAACCCCCUGAAAAAUGAGUAUUUCACAAAGAUAAAAUCUUUAUAAAAUACUCAUUAUGACUGUGUUGGAAUUUCACUGGAAUUUUCGCUUUGGCUCUGUAUUUCUCCUCCACUCUACUUUCUUUGACACAAGGCGAAACUACAGAGUCAAUCCCUCCAGGGAAUUAGCUGUGCCUACGGAGGAUCCCAUGGUCGUGCAGGAUCCGCCAUAGAUCUCAAUUCUGUACUCUUGUGCAUGCGCAAGAUUACAGUGACGUCGGCGCUGAAGAGUACCCUGCCAGAUUAAGAUGGUGGCGCCAGCGAAGGACGGGUCCAGGUCACCUUUACCUGCCCCCCAGCCACCACACCACCAGCGGCGAGUUCACUGUCUGGGUACUUAACAAGUUCUGCAAACGGUGACAGUGACGCUUUAAAUUGUACAAUUGUAGGACAAAUAGCUGAAACAGAAAUAAAAAACAACUAUUUUUCAUGCUGCAAAAUUUCAGCCCAAAAAUUGCAGUUUAAUUGUUAAAUCUCUGCAAUUCCUGAUUUAAUAUAUAACUAUAUUAGUAAAUACAUUUUGCGUGUAAUUCUAGUAUGGAGACAGUGUAUAUCUGGGAUAGUAUUCCUUUCCACAUAGACAGGUGGGCAAGGGCUUCAUAUGACAAAUUAAAAAUAAUUGUUGUUCUAGAAUUCUUAAGAUGGAUAGGAAGUAUCAGUAUUUUCCUUGUUACUAAUUGGCAAUGCUGCCUAUUAUGAAUGUCUGUUGUGGAUCCAAAUUCAUAUUUUAAUAGACAUAUUUUAAAACAAAAAACAUUUUUUAUAUAUAUAUUUUACAUGUGUACAGUGAUUUUUGUCUUGCUCCCUGAAACCCUCUUUUUAUUUGAUAUCUGGUGGAGUAAAACUCUGUUGCUUACACAGACAUAACAAUAUAUGCUGGAGUGUUUUUACAAGAUAUGUCUAGAUCAUUAAAUAUAAUAGGUCUCAGCUGUAGUUUUGAUCACCGAAGCAUGCACACAAUUCAUCACAGCAAAUUAGGUAUGUCUUUGAAAGUUAGCAUCCUACAAUUUACUGGCAUUUUUGGAAAGAUGUAACUCUGUACAGACACCGUUUGGGUUAUGAAAUGAAGCACAGUGUGUCUUGAAGGGAUCCACAAGUAUAACAAUAACAGAGGGGAGGAGUAUGUUGUGUGUACCUGCUCCAAGAUCUUGGGGAAAGAACUCUAGCGUAAUCGGCACAUAUCCCCAUUCGCAUCAAUUAUUUAUGUCUUUUAGUGAGUUUCUUGUCUGCUGUAAAGGAGAUGUAGACUUCAGUGAUUUAGUCUGUCUUUGCUACCGUUGUUAAACAAAAAGUGAAAGCAUCUUUGUUUGGACUCAUACUGUUUAUGAUAUUGACAUUUUGUCCUGACUACAAACCUAAAAUAUAGCUUUUAUUCUGGGAAAUGAAUCAGCGUUGAAUAACACUGAUAGUUGUAUUGCCCUAAUAAGCUAUGAGUUGGGAGUGAAGAAAAUGUUUUCUAAAUGUAGCUCACUAGCAGUUUUCCAUGAUAUAGUCUGUAAGCUCGUUUGAGCAGGGUCCUCUUCAACCUUUUGUUCCUGUAAGUUUUCUUGUAAUAGUCCUAUUUAUUGUUACAUCCCCCCUCUCAAAAUAUUGUAAAGUGCUACGGAAUCUGUUGGCGCUAUAUAAAUGGCAAUAAUAAUAAUAUCCUUUCAGCUGCUAUAUUUUCCUAUGUCACCUAUCAAUGGAACCUCAGUUAGGUCUUGCUCCUUUUACUAGACAGUUUUUCCCCAUCAGGAUGACCUUAAAAAGGGAGUCCAUUCUUCCAGUUAAGACAUCUCUGCAAUGCAAUCCUUGGCUAGAUAAUAAAACAAGCUUCCUGUAUAUGUAAGCACUCACUAGUUUGGGAACGUAGAGCAACAGAGAAUAGGGAUUUAACUCCCAGAGAGGGUCAAUAUGAUUACAGUGGCCUGAGAGAAGAUGGAAAGGCUUCCCGAGUUUGUGUGUGUAUAUUAAAUGUUGUGGUAUUCAUUUUAUUUUUAAAUUUAUUUCUCCCACCCCCCACUUGUUUCAGUAAUAAACUAGACCUCCUCUUUUUUUCCAUUAAUUUGAAUAGGAGAGCACAAUCAUAGUAAAUAAACAAUAUAGGGUAAAUAAUGAUAUAUACAAGCAGCUAGACACAAAAUAAAAUUCCUUAAAAAAAUCUUACCUAGAUAACAUAUAAUGACAAAGUGCCAGCGCUAUAUACGAAAGCCUUCUAGUAAUGUAUGUGUGAAAAAAAUAAUAAACAACUUCUCUCUAUAGGUAAAUGGUGUAUAAAACACCUAUAUAUCACAGUAAGUUGAAUUAUACACACAAAAAAAAAAUAUCAAAAAUUUGCAAAAGGAGUCCAAAAGUUAUUGGGUUGGAGUCUUUGAAGGGUUAAUCUUUUGUUGCAGUUGAAAUAAUGACAUCCGUAGAUACACUGGAGCACUUGUGUAGGUUAUACAUUAGCAAAUGGUGAUACUUGUCUCCAAGAUUUCACAAUCAAGUUUCACAGAAUCAGAGGACGGUAAAACGGCUAUUCAGCCUCUGAUUCUGUGAAACUUGAUUGUGAUAUCUUGGAGACAAGUAUCACCAUUUGCUAAUGUAUAACCUACACAAGUGCUCCAGUGUAUCUACGGAUGUCAUUAUUUCAACUGCAACAAAAGAUUAACCCUUCAAAGACUCCAACCCAAUAACUUUUGGACUCCUUUUGCAAAUUCUUUUCCAUUGCUGACCGUUUCCUUGACACUGCCUAAUCUGCCCUUGCUGAGAUAAUCAUGACUGAUAACCUCUUGUCCAAUCAAAUGCUAAUGUUCCUUUACAUUGCUCUGUCAGAACAUUGUAAUGCUGAACCAUUAAUUCAUUAUGGCCCAGUUUUAUACAGGUGGGUUUAUCUGUUGACAUAAACAAAAUGAAGUACAGAGGUGUGUAGUGCACUGCAUUCCCAUGUCCCAUCCCCUCGGGUACUUCAUUCUGUUACUCCUUUGUUGUAUAGGGUGCGCGUGUUGCGAAUCUUGCUGUGUUUACAGAUAGUCUCUAGUUAUCUUUGUCGGUCCCCUCUUGAGAUUUCUUUAUAUUCAAAACACAAAGGUAGUGUGCAUUCCCAAUGCAACAAAGGAUAUUUUCUGUGGCUUCUCUUUGUCAGAUUUAUACAAUCUAAUGUGCAUUUUGCUUGGGAAAAUUACAUAUUUACUAAGCAGUGUGGGAGGGGUGGGCAAAGAGUGAUGUGAAAGCUUAGUAAAUCUGGCCUCCGGUAAAUCAAAGCAUGGGUAUCUUCGUUAUAGAUUAAUGCUGGAAACUUGAAUAUUUACUCUGCUGUUGGAGGAGGAACAAACAUUUUUGUUUGUAUUUACAAAUUAAUCUUAUUAAAGGUAAUAUAUGUGAUACAGGUAAAAAAAAUGCUGUUUCUAAGCAAACAUUGGCAUUCAUACAUUCUUCUUUUGGUAUAUUGCAAGUUACCGAUUUUACAAGUAAAAAGACAAAGAAGGGUAAACAAGGAAAUCCAACAAUGGGUAUCAUUAUUCACUGAACCUGUAAUUGUAGAAAAUGUAUAAUUUUAGGCCAAUAUACACACGUUUCCAUUAUAGCCCAGAUGUUUUGGCAUGUCCAAUAGAAGUACGGUAUCUAGGCAUACAGAAAGUCAUUCGUUUUGGCAAUUAGUAACUGAAAAAAGAUUGGAUGAGAAAUUAAUAAAGUUAUGGAAAAAAAAAAAUUUUUGUUUUGUAAAUCAUUGUUGGAGGAAAACCAUAAACUAUUUACUUGUUUUUGAAUGAUAUAAUUUUAACUUGUAUUUAAAAAAAAAAAAAAAAAAGUCAGGAGUAGGCAACCUUCGGCACUUCAGAUGUUGUGGGAUAAAUCUCCUCUGAUGCUUUGCUGACAUGGCUCACAGAGAAUUAUGGGAGAUGUAGUCCACAACAUAUGGAGAGCAGAAGGUUCCCUACCCCUGUUCUAUGUAUUAGUGGUAGGACCUGGUCUGGUUCUAAACUGCGUAUAUCGAUUUUAUCUGAGACGCAAAUGCAUGUGUUUUGUCUUGGUCGAGACUGUGUUGAUCCGGAGUCACUCUGUUUAGAGAUUCAUUAAUUUUGCUUUAUAAUCCACCUUUCUGUUUCUCCUCACAAAAUUACAGUAUUUUUCUUGUAGCUGCCUUUAUAAAUAAAUAAAAAAUGUAUAGAAUUAAUGAAACAAAAUAGCAUAGCAAAAUUAGACAACAGGGAGUAAAUGAUCACUUGAUGAUGUGCAUCUAGCAAUGUAGGUCAACCAUUUUUUUUUUUUUUUAUAGACAAGAGAGAUCCUAUCACAGAAUCCCAGUCAGAAAGCAUGCUACUGUCACCCAGAUAUACAAAAACAUUGAACUACAUUGUACAAUUGAAAUUUGAAGUGUACAUUAUAGUUAGAAAGUGUGCUCCUAUAAACAAAUGUCUAGUUUUGUAAGCUAUGCAAUUUGUGAAUUAUCAUUUGAAAGCUGACUCCUCAAAGAAUACCUCUGUCCAUUUAAGGAGCUUUAAUUCUGUCUAGAUUAAUGGGGAAAAAAACUGAUAGUAUUUACUGAACUGUGGGAAUAUUUGGUACCAACCUGGAGACUCCACAUUGGUUGAGCCAGAAACCUUAAGAUAAUAAAAAGCUUCUGUGUUUACAGGAUUAUACUAUUUUCACCAACAAUCAAUGAGUGCAGCUUACAGUUGAAAAGUACCUUUGAAAGAUAGUCCACAUGUUCAUAGUUAAGAACAAAGUAUGUUUUGGGGGGAAUAUAGGCUCUCUUUCAUAAGUGAGCUAUGAGCUACCUGGAUCAUUUUUGUCUGCAAUUUAUGAUCUUGUCUAAUCCCUUCGUAUAUUAACCAGCUAACACUGUGCUGAUUUAAGCAGGAAAGUUCACCUACUAUAUUUUGUGUGGACCAGUGGAUUUUAGUGCUUUAGUAAUCGUGAAUAUUGUCUAAGCCAGAGGAUGCAACAUAUUGAUAGAUUCUGGCUCAAGGAUAUAGAUGUAGGGGGGGGAAAGAAUCUGCUAAAGUGGAUGGAGUUAGAGAAACAAUCCUAUCUGUCUGUCUAUCCAUCCAUCUGCUUUUGUGUGCUUGAUUAAGCUAAUCUCUUAAUACUCAACUGUGACAGGUUUUCUUAAGCUACAUGUGUUUUCUUACAUAUUAAAAAUAACCGUGCUACAUGAAUUGUACAAUUCUACAUAGUCUCGCUGCAGCAUUACAUUCUCACAUCCCCUAUAAUGAUGAGAGAUGUGUUGCUUAUUCAUUACUGUUGGUAGGUUUCCAUGUAUCACUGCACGAACAAUAACUCUUUCAUUUUGUGAUGAAAUGUAGCAACUCUAACAUUGAGUGAUACUAUUUACCAUAUUGUAAAAAAGUUUGCAAAGAGAGAGUCACCAUCAUAAACUUCCUUUUGCUACUGUAUUCUCGAGUGAUGUACGUUAUAUGUUCUGCAUAAUAGUGUUCGCUUAUCGUCCAUCUGCUAUGAAUGCGUCAGUGGGUAUAAAACUUGUACUUUUCUACGCGCAUAACAGGGAAUCAGUGGUUGCCUAGGGCAGUGUUUCCCAACCCAGUCCUCAAGGCACACCUACCAGUCCAGGAUUUAGGGAUUACCCAGUUGUGUCUAAGGUGUUUUUUUUCUUCUUUGUAAAAACACCUUAGACACAACUGGGUAAUCCCUAAAUCCUGGACUGGUAGGUGUGCCUUGAGGACUGGGUUGGGAAACACUGGCCUAGGGUACGUAAUUUGAGAAGUGUACAGGAUAAUUUACUUUACCUUAAUUUUUAUUUAUCUAUUUCUGUUAUUUGUAAUGGGUUGAAUCUUAACAGUCACCACUCUUAAUGCCGAGCAUCUCUCACAACCUUAAAGUCACAUCCGGAAGGUUAAUGAACAUAACCGAUUUUGUUUACUUUCCAGUAAGAGCAAUCAAGUAGACCUUAUAUCUCUUGUGUUAAUGGAACUUUGGACCCACGGCUACUUUAUGUUGAAGACUAUGUUUGAGCUAAACUGUUAUAGAACAUGCAGACUGAGACAUAGAGCUGGCUCAUCGUUGUGGAAGUUUUACAUGUCACUCAAUUACAGGGACACACUCCACCCUGUGCUGGUCUGCAUGUUGAACAUAUCCAUUGGUUAUUCAGGAAGGGAUAGCAAGUUCAAGUGUCGGUAAUUGCAUCUGUUAUGUCCAACUUUUUAAACAGAAUGCAAUUUCAUCUAUAUGUUCUGUUAACCAAAUGACUGAUAAAGGUAUACAUUAAAAUGAAUGUCAUGUUUGGCUGUCUAAGGCUUUAUUCUGCUAGCAUGGAGGUCUGAGUGCAUCUAAGAGAUGCAACAAAAAACAAUAUUAGAAACCUUUUUAAUGCAAUUGGCCUUUAUUUCAACCAACGGCAAAGGUUACAUGGUAGCAUUUUGACUUAUCUAGGAAUUGAUAGUUGCUGAUCUUGUGAUUUGGGAGCAAGGGGCUGCCAUGCAGCUUCUCCACAAGUCCAUAUUGGAUCAGCUAGACAUAUUGAUAUUCUCUUUGACUAUAUGGUGUAUAGAUUAAAUAUAUACUUGCCUGACUAUGAACUUUUAAACCACAUAGUUUGUUGAUUACAAAUUCCCUUUAAAUAAAAAAAAACUCUCCUUUGUGCUUUAUGGGGGUAUUAUUGUGUUAUGAUCUUUUUGAACAAAAUGUUCAAUAAAAAACGAUCGUAUUAGUACAGUUGUAGAGCCCUGCAUUCCCUUGAUCACAAUUAAGAACACAGAAGGUAGCCAGUGACAAUUAAACACUUGAGAGACCCAUUGUUACACAGUAUGAGGCAGGUAAUGGCGCUAGUAACAGGGAAGCCAACAGCUUGUGUUAGACAAUUGUAUUGUAUUGUGCACAUUAUGUCAUUUAAUAGGGAAACGAUGAACCCAUUGCAAGGUGCAGAUAUACCAGCCUCCAUUCAGAAUGGACAUGUAAUGAAAGAACAGCUAGGUGCACACCUGCUUUAUGGGAUGCAUUGCUUAUCAGUUUUAAUGAAGUGUAUUAACUGAAUAGCACCAGAGUAUUCAUCCAGCCCUGUUUAUGGCACACUCUUGAGUACAUUUAUGGUUUGUCAGAAGUGCAAACUACUGAACAUAUGAGGCUUUAAGACAGGCCAUCUGUUAGUCCUAGGCUCUUGGAUGGUGGUCAAACUGCUCUAAAAAUAAGCGCACAUCUAACUACCAGGGGCAGCAGACAUGGUUUUAAUUCAUUCUGUACAAAGAUAGGCAAUAUAGAUGCACUGUAACAUUGAUUUGACAUGUAAAUAUUGAUGCUGUAUCUUGUUUGGGUUUUUCUUUCAUAAUAGUGUUUUGAAACUCAUUUCAAUGAAAAGUAAACCUAUAGAUAAUAAAUCAUAAUUUGUCAUAGGCAAUAAUAUUUUUUUUAACAUGGAAAGGUAAUAGACCCAAACUCCAUUAAGCAAAAUAUUUGACUUACAUUCGUGAGAGACCUACACACGAUGUGAUCUGUUAAUAUGAAAAAGUCUCAAAACAUUGCUUUCUUUCUUGUAUUGAUUCAUCUUUCACCAAUUGUCUUUGCUGGGGAAUAUAUAUUAAUUUUCUGAUAAGACCAUGUGUUUAGGUGGUCUUCGGAAUACUUUGUAAAUUGUAAAAUUUGAACCAAACUGGUACAAUUUUUUGGUUGCAACCUCUGGAGUCUGCUUUCUAAGAUACUCUAUAGACUGCUUUUAUGAAUGCACGGCACAAUUCAUAAUCCCUCUUGGGCUGUGUAAAUAGAUGCUUGGGUAGCAUAUAUCUAGUGCGUGAUGGACAGUGCAUGUAUUGCUGCAGCAAGAUAUACCUAGCUAUUCUGAGCUUGUGCCUGUACCACCCCAAAGUGCCAAGCCAUCUGUUCAUAUUGUCUUGUUAAUCAAGCUCUUAUACUGCAAGAACACAUGGAUAUCAGAACAAUUAUGUAUACUUGGACUUUGCUAUAGAACAAUAGGUUGUGCAGUGGAAUCUCUGGACUGCGUAAGCAGACAUUAAGUGGAUUAAAUAUUAAACAUUGUGUUUGUAUCCACAAAUUUGGUGAUCAAAUUUAAAUGAACUUGGCGGAAAGAUUGUUUUACCCAAUAAAGAUGUAAUACACUUUGUUUACUAACAGUCCAAAUGAGGGGACUACCCAGUCUCCAAAAUUAUACCCUAGUGCAGGGGUGGGCAACGUUCGUCACGGCAGAUGUUGUGGACUACAUCCCCCAUAAUGCUUUUUCACCCAUAAUGCUGACAAAACAUCAUGGGAGGUGUAAUCCAAAACAUCUGGAGUGCCGAAGGUUGCCUAUGCCUGUCCUAGUGUAUGCCAUCCCUUUCACUCCAUUUGCAAAAGAUGUGGGUUGAAAUCUCUUGAUCCUUUGUAAAACCUGGCUUAUUGAAUGGAUGACUACAUAGUUAAAAAUUAGUUGUGGAGCAUAUUUCCUUGAUCAUAUGUAGUUACAUCCACGGUAUCGUUGCCCUUGCCAAUCUAAACUCGUUUGCAACUGAUUGGAUAUCAUUGAUAAUUCACAUACAUUUACAGGAACUGGAGAUGGGAGUAUUACAUUUGUUUUUUUUAAGUGGAGCAUACAAUAGACAUUCUGCCUGCGUAUGUGUGUUUGGGUACAAAUAUGUAAUAUUUUCAUCUUGUUUGAUUUGUUUAAGACUAUGUUGGUGAAAUGAAUUCCAGACAUGUUUAUUUGAUCAUUCUUUGAGUCUGUAUUGUUGCAGGGAGGAGAGUUUCCCAUUGAGUACCUCAUUAUCAGAUUUAGAACCACAUACCAUUCCUUUAUUGACCUGUCUAUUACAAUCAAUGCAGCAGACACAAAGAUUUGAAAUGUGUUUCUGCCCAUGCACUGUGUCCCCCAUCUACUGAUGAUUGUACAUUAUCUUUUAAAUGACACUAGUUAAAUGAGUAUGGAUUUCUCUAGCACCAAUAGUUUCUACUUUGCAUUAAAGGUACAAUCAUGCAUUCACUGUGUUUAUUGCCCUUGUACUAUAUCUUUUAACGGUAACGCAUUGUAGAAACAUUUUAUACAAACUAUUACUCCAUGCUUUAUGCUUUCUUUUGUAUACCCAGACUUGUUUUUGAAAACAAAUUUAAAUGAAAAAUACCCACUGUCAGACUGUGUGUGCUUUGCAAAUAAAAUGUGCUAUGUAACACCUCCAGUAAUGUACAGGAGCCCACAUGGUACAUUUUGUGCAAUGCAGAUGAUUAGCAGCCAUGAAAGGAAUAAUUAGGAAAUUCUUUGGGUUCAUACGGGCUGCAAUAAAUGCCCUUCGAAAUAUGUAGAUGUGUCAGUUUAGAGAGAACAUUUAACUUACAGUAGACAUUUACAUCUGAUGAGUGUGCAAUGGACCCUCCAGACUUGCAGUGGCAAGUAACUUUUAAGGCCUAGUUAGCAGCAUAGGACAUUGGGUAUAUUAUAUAAAAUCUCAACAUUCUUCCUGAACAUUAAUGUAUUUCUGAUUUGUUCUAAUACUGCAACCAACGUGUGAUGUUUUUCCCAAAACAUUGCAUAUUCAUUUUUCAGUCCACAGUAAUUCAGAGAGGUUAUGUACUCCAAUACAUUUUAUAAUUGGCUACUUUUAAGUAUCAACAUGUAAUUAACCAGUCCUUCUAAGCAACAUAUGCAGUCAUUGCUGCAUAUAGUAUUAUGUUAAUAAUACUAAUUAUUUAUAAUGCUGCAACAUAUUGUGCAAUCAGAAAUAUUCUCCUUCACAAGCACUGGGAGGAAGUGAUCUCAGGUCAUUUCCUCCCAGUUUUGCCAAGAGUGAAUUGAGGUCUGCUACUCAUCACCCAUUACAAACAGGAACUACUGAUACCUAGAGAAGUCCUACUGGACUCUCUGUCAUGCAAUCUCUUGGGGAGAUCUUCAAAUCUUCCCAGUCUGUGCCAUAUUUUGCAAACCCCUUCUGUAACUUAUCUAUAAUUAGUUACUUUGCAUAAUAAUACAUAGAUCUACAGGCUAUAGAGCUACUGUUAAGUAAUUGUUUUUAAUUUCGCUGUUUUUUCGUAAAAUUAUUUAUAUGCUUAUCAAACAGAUGACUCCCCAUCAUUAAACUCCCUUUUUAAUAUACUGCUGCAGCCUGUUUAAAUUGAAUGCAGUAUUAAACUUCUGUCAUUUAAAAACCUAUUUUGCUUGCCCUCUGGUGGUCAGUUCUGAAUAAUGCAGGUAUCACCUAUGAAUAUUGUGCCUAAAUGGGGUCAUUACCCCCCAGGAGACUGAGGCCUCGAAAUGGAAGGUUCAUUAGUUAACUGUUUCCUCAAGACAAUUUUCAUUAAGCAAGUGUCAUUAGAAUGAUGGCAUGUCAUAUAUCAGCUUCUCUGCAAAUCCCAGCUAUAAGGAAGGAUACAUUGUACACAUAAGUACAAAGAUGUAAGAUGUAUUUACUGAUGGGCUAAUAAGCUACGUGCAAUGUUAACACCCACCCAUAAUCUAAUCUACAAACUAGACUUUACAUAGAAAACAAACCCCCAAAAUAGCCUAAUUAUUACACAGGAAUAGGAAACUGAUUUAAGCUCUAUCCACAUGAGUAAUUAAGUGUGUGCAAAUGCUUUUGUUCACUUACACAUGAUGAAUUCAUGUAUGCAUAUAACCACAUAUUGUAUGCCAAUGAUAUUUCACUUAGCAGUCACUCUUAUUCUGCUGCACCCACAGCUUCUUGUAUCUUUGGAUGAAAAAGGCUCCUGGGCAUUGUAGUCUGCUUGCAGAAGCAGAUCCAGUGUUUGAACCCUGUCAUAGAGCUUCAUUUUACAAUCACAGAAAUGCCAUCCUUUAAUUACUAAAAAAAAAAAAGCUGCAUUCAAAAAGGAGAGUUUCUGUUUGAAUGUGGCCUCUAAACAAAUGCCUACUUUGCCCAUUGAAUAAAGUUGCCAUAGAGAUAUAUUAAGUCUUACCAUGUAAUGUAUCGCCUUGGUACUGAUGUCUUUUUACUCUAUUUACUUAUUCAAUUUCAUCUUCAGCUCAAAUUUCUUUUUAUUUUUUUUUAAAUGUGAAAAAUGUAGGUUAUACAGAUAUAUGUAUUUCUGUAUUAUUUUAUUAGAAUGUAUAUGUAAUGCUUUUCAUGGAACACAAGGUUACAUUAAGUGCUGUUCCCCCCUACCAUAGCCUCUGCUUACUUCAUUAUUUCUAUAGUGGCAACCUGUCCCUCUCUAGCAAUCUUUGGCUCCCAUGCACGGCAGACACCUCUGGCACUUAAAAGGUUAUCACCAAACUAAACAUGUGUUGCUGUUGAGCCGUUUGGAAUUCAGUUGGAGCUGUUCAGGCAUUUCUAGGAUUGUAAACACACAUCACUGCCAAUUUCUGUUCUCUUGGCAAAGCAACUCUAUCUCCAGUUGUUGUAGAGAACAAAGAAUACAAUAGAGCGGAAGACCCGAAGGUGAUAAAGGAGAUAUAGAAUUAUAUAUUUAUUUAGAAAUUAUUGUAACAUUGCGGGGAGGGAAAUGAAAAAGAAAUCCCCCAGGGUAGAUUUUCUCCCCUACUAUUGGUACUUAUUUUUCUUCUCUACGUGGGUUGAAAUCCUGGUGGCAGCACUAGGCUGCUACAUAAAAAAAAGAAUGUUCUGUGUUCAUGUCAGCACCGGUACAAAGAAAUCUGUGUCAUAUUGGCAGCUAUUACUUAUGAGAUUUUUUUUUUAAAAAUCAUGUUUUUUUUUUUUUUUUGUGAAUAAAUGAGAGGCUUUUAUGUGCAGCUCUUCAUAAAUGGUACUGAGUAGGAGGGUAUGGGCACGCUUUCUAUUAUUUUGCCCCUCAUGCAUUUCUCCUUUCUUCGUCUUUUCAGAACCACACGUUGAGCCAGCACGCACAGUGA